AUAGAAGAAGAAAUAAAAAACAUGGAUAAAGCCCGUGACACUGAUACGAUCUUAAAUAUGGUACACAACCUGAUAGAAAUCUGCCAUGUAAUUUAUGCAAUGAUUAUGUUUUGGAUAGCCGUUAAACAAGCGAGAGCCAUCAAACAUGUGAAGACAAUUGAGGAGAAAAUGAAAGAAUCAGUGGAGAUAACUAGGGAGAUGACUUUGCAUUUAAAAGAUGCCCCACCCUCUGAGAACAGUCCGGACCCCCCCACCUCAUCCUCCUCAGACUCCUCCAGCUCAUCCUCCUCAGACUCCUCCACCUCAUCCUCCUCAGACUCCUCCACCUCAUCUUUCUCAGACUUCUCCAGCUCAUCCUGAAGCGGGUCUUCAGAGACGGAGGCCGGUCCUCUCGUUAAUGUAAGUUGCUCAAAGUUCAUAAUGUAAACCAUUCCUGUUCUAAUUACUGUAAUUAAACUUUUUCCAAACAUUAGUUAGUAUUGUGAUUGUUUUGAAACUUUGUUCUGUAAUUACGACUUUUUACUGUAAGUUGAUCUGUAGUUAGAAUAUAAUUUCUCAUGCUGAAUACCUUUAAGUCAACGACAAAAUGCUUUAUGUUGCAGUAAGUUGAAGUAUUUUAAGAAUAAAAAUAAAAAGUAACGAUUUCGGAUUUGUUUUUGCGUCAUAACUAACAUCUGCAUGGUUUUAUGCUAGGUUGCUGUUCCAUGGACCUGGCCUCCACAAUUAUUUUUUUGUUAAAUGUUUUAGUGUUCUUUUGUAGUUUUUUUUAUUUAUUUAUUGUUCUUGUUAUUAUUUUAAAUUUAAUGUUUUAAAUGUAUAUAUGUUUUUAUAUUUUAUAAACAUUCAAUCAAACCCUUCUGACUGAACAGACCCUUCAUUCACGCACACAGAUACACAGAAUUGUGCCCCACAGACUACAAUAUGUGUUCACCAGUUCUCUGGAAAGAACACAUGCUGAUAGGAAAGUCUUAGUGAUGCAAAAUUUUAAUGCUGUCUCCUAUACAUUUGGCCAGCUAUACACACACACACACACACACAUAUAUAUAUAUCAUACAAAUAAAUAGUU